UUACCGACUGGGAUCCCCCUUUCCACGUUCUUCCGUCUUCCUCCUCUUUUACCUCUGGUUUUUCUGCAACCUCAUCAUCUCGCCAUCGCUCUCACCUUCAAGAUGGGCCUUUCAUGGAGCAACCCCAGAAGAAGAAGACGCUACCCGUACCCGCCGCCGCCGCCGCCUCCUCACCACUCCUACUACUACUCCGCCGACCCCCACCACCACCACCACCACCACCACCCUCCUCCUCCUCCUCCGCUCCCGCCGCCGCCGAGUGGCUACUUCCCGGCCCCUCCUUACCCUCCGCCCCCGCCACACCACCACCACGACCACCACCCGCCUUAUCCCGCGUACCCUCCUCCUCCGCCGCUGCCGCCCUCCUACUACGGUCCGGUCUCGUACGGCGCGUGCGCCUACUCGGGUCCCGUGGUGGGUCGGGCCGGUCAACACCCGUACUACGCGAAUCAGGCGAGCGGGUGGCCCGCGGCUCGGCCCGCGGCGGCGUCGGCUGCUCCCACGGUGGCCCACGUGGAGCAUCAUCAGAACGCCAAGAAAGUGAGGAACGUGGUGAAUGUGCACAAGGACACGAUCAGGGUCGAGAUCGACGAGCACGACCCGGAUUGCCACUUGGUGUCUUUCUUGUUCGACGCCUUACAUGAUGGAAGUAUUACUAUUUUGUAUUUUGGCAAGGAAGAAUCCAAUUGUCGAUUGGUUCCCCUGUUUGGUGAAGCCUUUGGGCCUGUGAAAUUCCAAUUUCAAAAAGGACUCGGUCAAAAAUUUUGUCAGCCUUCGGGGACUGGCAUUGACUUAGGCUUCUUUGAAUUGGAUGAUCUCUCAAAACCAUCACCUGGAGAGGAUGUGUUUCCUCUUGUCAUAUCUGCUGAAACAUGCGUACGGCCUCAAUCAAUGGAUGACCCUCUAGUUAAUCCAGUGCUGUGCACCUCCUCUCACACGCAAAUAACUCAGGCUGUUCUGGAGAAAAAUAAUGGCGGUCCUUUUCACGUAAGAGUUAUCAAGCAAAUUCUCUGGGUGGAUGGAGUUCGUUAUGAGCUACGUGAGUUAUAUGGGUUAGGGAGCUCUUCGGCAGAGGGUUAUAAUGACAAUGAUCCAGGGAAGGAAUGUGUAAUUUGCAUGACUGAGCCAAAGGAUACUGCCAUUUUACCCUGCCGACAUUUGUGUAUGUGCAAUGAGUGUGCCAAAGCAUUGACGCAUCAGUCAAAUAAGUGCCCCAUAUGCCGUCAACCAAUCGAGGAUCUGAUAGAGAUCAAGAUAAGUAAUUGUGAAUUCUGAGAGGUUCUAUUCUUACUAAAUGGGAUUGCAAGGCACAAAUCCUAUUUUUUGACUCCUCUUCGGUUCUUCCCAUGAGGUUUAUUUUCAGAUGCGUGGGUUCUUUAUGUAACUGUCAUUUGUUCUCAACCCAAUGCCAGCUGGCAGUAACUAAAAUGUAUAUGUUCUACAUGAAUUUUUCACUUUGCCGGUGUUGAGAGGUCGUCUUAGUCCGAGAUUGGUUGAGCUUGGAAAGAAGACCUGCACAUAUAUGUAUAGAUGCAUCAGCAACGAGCGGAUGUUAGCUUUUAUUCACGACAACUCUUUUGUGUAGUUUUAUAUUGAACUGAGCUUCUUGACAAUGGUGUUGAGAGCAGUCCUUGUGUAAAUGACACUGCUUUCCUCACUCACCCAGCGUAGUGUGUAUGAUGUGAAAGUAAUUGUAAUUUGUAAGCACUAGAUAUAUGUAUCCUAGUACUUAUCAGUGAUUUUUGUGACUCAUAGAGAAACAAGUGGUAUUUGUUUGAAAGGGCUUAAGCAACGCAUUUUCUGUU